UUUCUCUCUUUCUCGUGUUCAUCGCUCUGCUCGUCAGCCAUGGCUUCGAUCUCGAAGCUUGGAAACCCUAGCCUCGCCGCCGUGUCCACCUGCUCCUCUCCUGCCUUCCAAUCCGAGCCAAGGUUCUCGAUCUGUUUCUCCCCGAGAUCGUCAGCGAAGUGGCGGGCCGCGCCGCUGCGCCUCUCUGUCAGGAGAGUUUCCGCCGAUCGGGCACCGCUGGUUGUCAGAUGUUCUCAACAAAGUGGAAAUGGUUCAACAUCAAAGAGAACGACCCUUCAUGAUCUGUACGAAGUGCAGGGCCAGUCUCCAUGGUAUGACAAUCUAUGCCGGCCGGUCACAGAUUUGUUGCCAUUUAUUGCUAGUGGAGUCAGGGGUGUCACCAGCAACCCAACAAUUUUUCAGAAAGCAAUCUCAUCAUCAAGCGCAUAUGAUGAACAGUUUAGGCAGCUUAUAGCAGCAGGGAAAGACAUUGAGAGUGCUUACUGGGAGCUUGUGAUAAAAGAUAUUCAAGAUGCCUGCAAACUGUUUGAACCAAUUUAUGAAGAGACUGGUGGGGCUGAUGGAUAUGUAUCAGUUGAGGUCUCCCCUAGACUCGCCAAUGAUACAAAAGGAACUGUUGAAGCUGCCAAGUAUUUGCAUAAGAUGGUUGACCGCCCAAAUGUCUAUAUAAAAAUCCCAGCUACCGCAGAAUGUGUGCCUUCUAUCAAAGAAGUUAUCUCUUUUGGUAUAAGCGUCAACGUAACUCUCAUCUUCUCACUUGAGAGAUAUGAAGCUGUGAUUGAUGCUUACUUGGAUGGCCUCGAGUCUUCUGGGCUCAAUGACCUGUCUAGACUCACAAGUGUUGCUUCUUUCUUUGUUAGUCGUGUUGACACCCUUGUUGACAAGAUGCUUGAGAAUAUUGGCACUCCUGAAGCUCUUGACCUCAGAGGAAAGGCGGCAGUGGCUCAAGCAGCCCUUGCAUAUAAGCUGUAUCAAAAGAAAUUCUCUGGACCCCGUUGGGAAGCUUUGGUUAAGAAAGGUGCCAAGAAGCAGCGGUUGCUUUGGGCCUCAACCAGUGUUAAAAAUCCUGCAUAUCCAGACACAUUAUAUGUUGAUCCUCUCAUCGGACCUGAUACCGUCUCAACCAUGCCAGACCAAGCUUUACAAGCCUUCAUUGACCAUGGCAUUGUCUCAAGGACCAUUGACGCGAACCUAUCAGAGGCCGAAGGAGUUUACAGUGCACUCGAGAAGCUUGGGAUCAACUGGAAUGAGGUCGGCCGGCAACUUGAAGCAGAGGGUGUGGAGUCCUUCAAGAAGAGCUUUGAGAGCCUGCUUGUGAGCCUGAAAGAGAAGGGUGAUGCCUUAAAGGUAGUCAGUCUGUAGGAGGGACUGCUGUAUCAUCCAAAGUCUGUCUCUAUUCCUCUUUAAGGAGACUUCAAAAUAAAAGCUGUCUUGAAUCUCUUUAGGUGUAAAUGAUGGCAACUGUUUAUUUUAGACAUGAUUUUGUGCUUGGUGUUGAGAUGUGUGAUCAUAAUAAACAUGGAUUUUAUUAUUUGUCUUA